AUGAGUGGGCGUAUUCGCGGCGUGAGAAUGGACGCGAUUGGAUCGAGGGCGGCCGAGGUAGCGUAUGUGUGGGCGGGAAGAAAGGCAAAUGUCAAGCUCGCGACAAUAAUAGCCACGAUAAGACGAUUCGACGAAUGA